CAUAUAGGGAUAAUAGAAUUUUUUCUGGUGUUUUUCAUUCAAUUCUAACAUAAACAAUUUGAUUGGUUCCAGUUUUGUUUUUGUUUUUUUUCAUCUUUUUCGAUAAUUAAUUGGGAUGGUAAUGGGUGAUGAGAUAAAGCUACGUUAUCAUCAUAAUGGAUCCGAUGUAAAAUAUUCUGAUAAUAAUAAUUCAAAAGAAAAUUUAUCCAUUAAUCGUACGAUCAAUACAACGACGACUACAACAUCUGUGUUUCAGACAUCGACAGUGAAUAUAGAUGAUUCCUGUAAAACUAAAAACCAAACAACAACAACAACAAUCAUAUCGCAUCGUAAAGAUAAUACUAAUAUUAAUAAACAUAAUAAUAAUAAUAAUAAUAUGCCCGAUGUUGAUGAUUCAAAUAUGCAAUGGUUUCAUGGAAAGAUUACCCGAGAAGAGGCCGAAGCAUUAUUAACACCAAGAGAAGAUGGAUUAUUUUUAGUUCGUGAAAGUACAAAUUUUCCAGGCGAUUAUGCCUUAUGUGUUAGUUAUAAUGGACGUGUUGAACAUUAUCGUGUCAUUUAUAAUGAUAAUAGAUUUACAAUUGAUGAGGAAGAAUUUUUCGAUACAUUAAUCGAAUUAGUUGAACACUAUUGCCUUGAUGCAGAUGGUCUUUGUACAAGGCUACGUGAUCCGGUGGUAAACAAAUUAGUCAACAAUAAUUUAACAUCCAUUACAAGCAACAACAAUACCAAUAAUAAUGUCAACAAUAAUAACAAUCAUCAAGCAUCAUUAUUAUUGGAUCCAAAAGCAUUUGAAGCUGCCGGAUGGGUUAUACGUAUGAAUGAUUUAAAAUUAGGUGAAAUACUUGGUAAAGGUGAAUUCGGUGAUGUAUUAUUGGGCUCUUUUCAUGGACAAAAAGUUGCAGUAAAAAAAUUGAAAGAUUCAAAUUCAAAAGCGGCACAAGACUUCUUAACGGAAGCAAGUCUAAUGACUUCAUUACGUCAUAAAAAUCUUGUACAAUUAUUGGGUGUUGUUUUUGAUGGUCCAUCAGUUUGUUUUGUAACAGAAUUUAUGGCCAAAGGAUCAUUAGUUGAUUAUCUUCGUUCACGUGGACGUUUGCAUGUAACAAGAAAAGAUCAGAUAGCAUUCGCUGCUGAUACAUGUGCCGGUAUGGCAUAUCUAGAAUCAAAACAAGUAAUACAUCGUGAUUUAGCCGCUCGUAAUGUACUCAUAUCUGAAGAUGGAGUAGCCAAAGUUUGUGAUUUUGGUCUUGCAAGAGAUCAAACGCUUGGAUUAGAUGGUGGAAAAUUUCCGAUCAAAUGGACGGCGCCUGAAGCACUUCGUUUUGCUAAAUUUUCCAAUAAAUCUGAUAUGUGGAGUUUUGGCAUUCUACUAUGGGAAAUCUAUUCGUUUGGUCGAGUUCCUUAUCCUCGAAUUCCAUUAGCUGAUGUUGUCAAACAUGUAGAAAAAGGUUAUCGAAUGGAAGCACCUGAAGGUUGUCCAAAUGAAAUCUAUGAUAUUAUGCGGCAAGCAUGGCAUUUUGAUCCAGAUUGUCGGCCUACAUUCUCGAUAAUUUCACAAAAAUUGGAUCAACUUCGUGCAUUGACCACUUAAUCAAUCAAUAAUAACAAAAAAAUUUUCGACAAAAUCAAAAACAU